AUGAUAGGGACUGCCAAUGCAACAAUGCCUGCCAUCCAGCCUGACAUAAUGACCAAAGGUCCUAUACUUACCAUAAGCCAACAAAAAGUUCUUAUUGGGCUGAACUUUCCUAAAGUUUUUGUGAAAUGGCUUAUGGUAUGUGUUCAAACGGUCUCAUGCUCCAUUAUAGUUAAUGGUAGGGCAACUGCACCCUUUACUGCAGAAAGAUGUGUGAGACAGGAUGAUCCCCUAUCCCCAUAUCUCUUUGUCAUAGCAAUGGAAUACCUUACUAGACUUCUGAAGACUCUGAAGGACAAUCCAAAUUUCAACUACCAUCCCUGGUCUGCCAAACUAAAUCUAGUGCAGUUAAGAUUUGCAGAUGACCUACUGCUAUUCUGCAGAUGUGAUGUGAUCUCUGCUAAGCUGCUAUAUGCAUGCUUUGAAAGCUUCUCUAAGGCAUCUGGACUAGUUGCUAACCAAGGGAAGAGCUCUAUUUACUUUGGAGGGGUCUCAUCAUCUACGCAGUAG